GUGACUGUAAGAGAUGCUUUAAACCGUGCACUAGAUGAAGAAUUGGAAAGAGAUGAGAAAGUGCUCUUGCUUGGUGAGGAAGUAGCCCAGUUUGAUGGUGUUUAUAAGGUCAGCAGAGGUUUGUGGAAGAAAUAUGGAGACAAGAGAGUAGUAGACACACCUAUUUCAGAGAUUGGCUUUGCUGGAAUGGCUGUUGGAGCUGCUAUGGCUGGGUUGAGGCCCAUCUGUGAAUUUAUGUCCUUCAACUUUUCCAUGCAAGCAGCUGAUCACAUUAUCAACUCAGGAGCCAAGACCUACUACAUGUCUGGAGGAAUGCUUCCAAUUCCAAUAGUCUUCAGGGGCAUCAAUGGAGCCUCAGAUGGUGUUGCAGCCCAGCAUUCUCAGUGUUAUGCUGCUUGGUAUGGUCACUGUCCUGGUCUGAAGGUAGUCAGUCCAUGGAGCUCUGAGGAUGCUAGAGGUCUGUUGAAGGCUGCUGUUAGAGAUGAAAAUCCAGUAAUUGUUCUGGAAAAUGAAAUGCUGUAUGGUGUUGGAUUCGAACUGUCAGAGGAAGCACAAUCUAAAGACUUUGUUGUGCCAUUUGGAAAAGCCAAAAUAGAAAAACAAGGCAGUCACAUUACCCUGGUUUCACACUCAUUAAUGGUUGGAAAAUGUCUGGAAGCAGCUGCUGUCCUGGCAAAAGAGGGGAUAGAAUGUGAGGUGAUUAACUUGCGCAGCAUAAGGCCACUUGACAUUGCAACUAUAGAACAAAGCGUAAUUAAGACUAAUCAUCUUGUGACUGUGGAAGGUGGAUGGCCAAUGUUUGGUGUAGGAGCUGAAAUCUCUGCCCAGAUAAUGGAAGGACCUGUGUUUAACCAUCUGGAUUCUCCAGUCUACCGUGUGACAGGUGCUGAUCUCCCUGUGCCAUAUGCAAAGAACCUAGAAGAAUGCAGCUUGCCUCAGAUGAAAGAUAUUACAUUUGUUGUGAAGAAAUCACUUGGUAUUAAACUGUAAACAGUUUAAUGGAGUACUUGUAACAAAUGUCAUUGUAAUGAAUGGUUGUGCAUCAAUUCCUGAAAGUGAAAUAAAGACUUGUAACAGUA